ACUAAACUAUCUGCGUUGUCUUCUUCUGAACGAGUCAACCCAUACACUUUACUUUACUUUACACAGGAACAUUGCAUUCGUAAAGUUGAUCUCCAACAGUAUUUGCCUCUACUACCAAACUUGGAUGUAUCAUUGGGUGAAGAUCAGCUGUUUCUUGUAGACAACAAGGAUUUGGCAGAUGUUGUGUUCCAAGUUGAAGACAAACAACUCUUUGCUUGUAGACCCAUUCUAAUUGCUCGCAAUUCUUAUUUUUCUCGUCUCUUCUCAUCUGGAAUGAAGGAAUCCCAUCCUUCACGUGAUGGACACGUAACCGCAGUUCCAAUCCAAGAUGCAAGCUAUGAUGCUUUUCAAGCUCUCAUUGUGUAUCUCAUUACAGACAAGGUGAGUGUGGAUGUGAAUGACUGGAAGAUGGUAUGUCAACUUCUCAUUCUUUCUGAUCGCUUUCUGGUUUCCAAACUGAAGAGUUACUGUGAACAGAUUGUGGCAAUACACAUUAGAGUAGAGAAUGCAGUUGAAGUUCUGUGUUUGUCAGACACUCACAACAUUUCACUGCUGAAAGAACAAGCCAUCACAUUUAUAUGCAAUCAUCUUGAUGCGAUGAGAGGAAGGGCUGAAUGGAGCAACUCUCAUCUUCUUUGUUUUUAGAAAUUAAUCAGAAACAACGACUGUAAGACAUACAUGGUUGUUGUUAACAAUUGUUGUCUUUUUGAAUUUAUGUUAUGCAUUUGUUGGUUAUUGGGUGUUAUAAUAGCUGCAGACAACCAUACAUGUACUUCAUGUGAUUGCAUGUCAAUGACUGCUCUGUACAGUACUAGUUGAUUUACAUAUGAAAGAUUAUGAGU